AUGCUGUUUAGUCACGUUGAAGAAUAUGUUUUGUUAGUAGAUGUAGCGAAGGAUGCCGUAGAAGAGCUAGCGAAGGUAGAAGAUUAUUAUCUGAAGCAUAGACAGGGGUACGUAUUACCCGAUGGUAUUGAAGAACUAACGAUCGUAGUGCCGGGAGCGAUAACUGUAUAUCCAGGAGGAACAAGACCUGUAACUGUAGUAGUUAAUACCGUAGAAAAACUAUUAGGGCCCAAAACUGUUACGGUGCUGGAUUUCAAAUAA